AUGCCCGUUGUAUUUGUUUCUCAGCUCAUUAAAAAGCUCUCUGCGACGCCUACGCUCAGUGCUCAAAAUGGAAACGGGCGCCCUUCCAUACCUGCAGACUCGCAAGCUGCACUCCAGGCAAACAAGGCCACAUUUUUCUUCCAACUGGAGCGAGAAUUAGACAAGGUCAAUGCCUUCUACCUGCAAAAGGAGGCCGAGCUUAAAAUACGUCUCAAGACCCUCCUCGAUAAAAAGAAGGUCCUCCAGAGCCGGCAAGGGAGCUCAAGACGUUCAGCCAAGUUCACGACGUUAGAAGAAGGCUUCCAACAGUUCGCCACCGACCUGAAUAAGCUGCAACAGUUCGUCGAGGUCAACGGGACAGCCUUCUCUAAGAUCCUGAAGAAGUGGGACAAGACGUCCAAGUCCAAGACUAAAGAACUUUACCUCUCGCGCGCUGUCGAGGUCCAGCCAUUUUUCAAUGCCACAGUUAUCAGCGAGCUCUCAGAUCAGGCCACGACCAGCCUUCAGGAGCUCGGCGCUUGGUCAGAUGGGAUUCAGGUUGACUUCAGAGCAUCAGGGCACGUGGUAACGAGUCAAAACUUCGUAGGAACAGACGAAGGGGACGCCGACACACUACUCCUCGACACGGUUGUCACAGGGAAUAUCAGCACGCUCCGAGACUUGUUGACCAAGAUGCGACUUGCAAGUGAUACAAGCGAAGGGGAUAACUCUCUCAUGGAACGCAUCACGCGCACAUUCCUUGCCGCAAUCCAUGACGCCCCGGUAGAGACGCUUCAGGUUCUUCUCGACACUGGCCUCGUGGACCUUCACUCCUACGAUGACAUCAACGAGAGAAACUGCUUGCACCAAGCUGCGAUUUACGGCAAGGAACAUGUGUUGAAAUGGGGCCUUGAUGCCAACGUUGUUGUCGACCGCACCGAUGUUUACGGCCGUGUACCUCUCCAUUAUGCUAGUUUGCAUGGUCGCAUCGGGAUCCUGGACGCAUUGUUGAGCGUCGGCUCCAACACCAUUGACCUCAUCGAUCACGACAACUUCACACCCUUAAUCCAUGCCAUCAUCCAUGCACACCUUGAUUGCGUUGAACGUCUUCUCUCGAGAUCAGCCAGAAUAGAUCCCGUCUCAGAAUCCGACCAUGUUCCGCUUAAUCUUGCCUGCGAACACGGUUCAGUCGCUGUGGUAGAGAUUCUGUUGAAGCACGGGGCCAGAAUCGUACCAGAUGCCGAAGGACUCUACCCUCAGCAUCUCGUGGCGAGAGCUGGGCAGACCUCUGAUCUUCUUCUCUUGUUACAGAGGUACGGCGCAGAUCUGGACCAGGUUGAUAAAUUGUACGGUUGGACGCCACUGGUACAUGCUGCUAGCGAGGGCAAUGUCGAGUGUCUCCAAGCCCUACUCAAGGCUGGAGCGAAUCCCAACAUCCUGGACGAGUCGGAAUUGCCCGCCAUGUACUACGCAGCCUGGGAAGGACAUCUGGAGUGUAUGAAGCUUCUUGCGCCUUUCUAUACUAGGUCGCGCACAAGCCCCAUGCUCAUGCAACCAUUACUCGGUCCCAUCGACGGCAGUUCUGGCCCAGCUCCUAUGAGUCUGGAUCCGGAUGCCAUCCCUAUUCUCGAGCUGCCACCCCCGAUCAUUCCACUUCGAAGAUACGGACACAACUUCCUCGACACGAAAAUUGUGGUCCAAAUCAGUUUUGAUUCAGUCGAGCAACCUCUUGUGUUUUUCCAAGACGGAAAAUAUCCAGCUGCUAGACUUACUAUCUCGUCUAAAGUUUCCGACCUUAUUCCCAAGAACAUCAUUCUGCCAUUUCAAGAAGACACUCGGAUUGUUUCUUUCCAGAUUGACAGUCUCGAUUCGUUUUCAUUAGACUUCGAUGUUUUCCCCGCUUACGGCGCAAAGGUUAUUGCUAAAACAGUUGUGCUGCCAAGCACAUUCAAGAGCUUGCCUGGGAACUCUCAGUCCUGCCUCCCACUAUUCGACCCCCGGUUGAGAGCCAUUGGACAAAUCACAUUCAACACACAGGUCAUCAAGCCGUUCCAAGGACAGCCAUUGGAGAUUACUGACUUUGAAACCUAUUGGAAGGCCACAAGCCAGUUUAAUCAGCCUACUAGUGCUAUUGUAACUGGGUCAAGUCUCUCCGGCGACUACGUGCGACUUUAUGUUCAAUACACGAGUGACGGCGUUCCGGUUCUGUGGCCUCGUUGGACCAUACCCUGUGGUGGGCUUGAUAUUCCCGUUUGCAGGCUGACGGUCAGCCAGUUCAAGGCUACGACGGCGCAGAGUCCCAGCCGCAGAGAACUCGCCAACCUCCCUGCUAAAUCAACAGAAAAUAUCACCGAGAUAUACCAGAUCCUUGCCAACGCAGGCGUAACCCUCGAGGAAGCCCUCGCUAUCCUACCCCCUAGAAUCCAUAUCAACCUGGAAGUUUUAUAUCCCACACCCAAGGAAGAAGAGGGCUUGUCUCUUGGGCCAGCCUUGGAUGUCAACACAUUCGUUGAUGCCAUUUUGUCGAUUGUCUUUGAUCACGCACGAGCGCAGCGCGCGCAGUCACCCGAAUCUAUCCGAUCGAUCGUAUUCAGCAGCUAUAACCCACGGCUCUGCACUGCUCUGAAUUGGAAACAGCCCAACUUCCCCGUGUUCUUGUGUAAUGACCUGGGGAGAGAGGGAACAGUUCCCUCACUAAAUACCAUCCAAAGUAGUGGGCGGCGAAGCGCAUCUAUCAAGGAGGUGGUCCGAAUUGCCCAGAGCAAUAACUUUAUGGGCCUGAUAUGCUUCUCCCGCCUUUUGGACAUGGUACCUGCACUCGUGGAUGCAAUCAAGUCUCACGGCUUGGCCCUUGUGGUAGACAAAUCAACAGACCCCAUCGAGGCAAGCCCACAUUCAGAUCCUUUCUCGCGAACGGUUCAGGGGGUAGAUGGUGUUUUGAAAAGCUAUGGUGUUUUGCGAUUUAAUGACUCGAUAGACAUGUAG